CCCGCUCCAAGCUUUUAAAACACACCCGGUGCCCAACUCGUAUAUCAGUCCCUUCUUGCUGCUGAUUCCCUUCUCAUCGCAUUCUCCAUCGUUUCAUUCCAUCUUGUUUUGUGCGAGUGCAUUGACUCGACAUUCGUUUAUUUUGCUCGGGUCGAACUUUACUCAUCAUCACCGACCAACCACCCCUCGUUUCUGUAUCAGAGCCACUCUCUCUGCCCAAUAGGAUACCCCACCGAUAAACAGAACACAUCAACAGAAGAGAAAAGGGAAGAAAGAAGACAGAAUGGGCGUCGGCCGAUUUUUCUGCGUGGCUCUGCCACUCCUCCUCACCAUUGCCUCUCUCGGCACGCUGCUCUAUGCAGUCCUCGCCGGCGUGGCCCACGAGAACGUCAGGCUGGUGCAGGUCGACCUCAGCGAGCUGAGCAUCAACCCGACGAGUAUAGGCGGCGAUCUCUUCAAGCGAGCCGACUUCAGCAUGAAGCAGACCAAGGUUGGCAACAUCACCGCAGAGGAUCUCGGCCUCCACAAGUACUACGACGUCACGCUCUGGGGAUCUUGCUCCUCCGACGACAACAAGAAGUUCACCUGCUCAAAGUCCCAGUUCGACUGGGCCUCCAAGCAGAUCAACACCACUGAUAUCCAGGAGGGCGGUGCCACCAUCACGCUGCCCAAGGACAUCAAGGACGCCAUCUCGGCCUUCCAGAAGCUCAUCAAGUGGUCCGAGAUUGUCUUCAUCAUUGCCAUCGUUGCCCUUGGCUUUGAGCUGCUCAUUGGCAUCUUCUCAAACUUCUCCCGGGCCGUUUCCUGCCUGACGUGGUGCGAGUCUGCCUUCACCACUGCCAUCAUCAUCAUUGCCGACUCUCUCGCCACUGCUACCGCCGCUGUCAUCGCCGGUGUUGUCAACGGCUCCAAGCACCUCUACGGUGCCAAGGUCCACAUCGACGGCCGCUUCCUGGCCAUCAUCUGGAUCAGCGCCGCCUUCAGCAUCGGUGCCAGUCUCUUCUGGAUCUUCACCAUCUGCUGCUGCGCUCCCGAGAAGCGCCAGAAGAGGAACCGCGACCACCACUCCGAUGGCGAGAAGCUGAUCCCCUCUGGCGGAUUUGGAUCUCGCGGAUAUGCUCCUCUCGGCGAGCAGACUGGCUACACCUCUGGCGCUCCCAAGUUCAACUCGGGCUCUGGCCGAUCUGACCUUGCUUACGAGCCUUACUCUCACCGAGCCUAAAUGGAAUUUCAAAGGGGCCUCGACUAGACGUGGUAAUUAAAACGAUAUGAACAAAAAAGGACUUUGGCGUCCUUUUGUGGUGCGGUGUGAUCUCUUUCUUUUAAAGACUUUUCAGACUAUCUGUAAGAACAAAAGAACACGAGAGAAUGGAUGCUUAGUGCUUGCUAUACUAUGCGUUUUUAUUUAACAUUCCUUUGCAUGGCGUUUGGUAUAUUUAUCAGUACAGGAUGGCUACGGGCAGUGGCACCAGCAGUUGGUGAUUGGAUACCCAAGAUGGCGGGGGAACAAUCUGUAAAUAGAGUAUAGCGGAUACACUUUUAUCAAUGACUGAACGACAAGAAAAGUUUCAAAAACUUGUUUUUGUGCCAAUUAUGUGUUUGUAAAUGUG